GGUUGGUACCUGGUAUAUGUGAGGGAUUUCUAUGGGUUGCCAGGUGCCUGCACAGCACCAUUUCACAUCAGGCCAGCAGCGGCCUAAAACCUCCCAUGCCGCCUAAUGACCACCCGCCUCACACUCCCCGCGAAGACGCCUCGCUCCACCCGACCACCGCUGGCCCAACAUCAGACGUCCCAACGAAAGCCAUCGAAGACGCAGCGCCGCAUCCGAUCAAGUACCGCGCCGACAUCGACGGCCUCCGGACGCUGGCCGUGGUGCCUGUGAUCCUUUUCCACGCGUACCCGGAGCGAUUUCCCAGCGGAUUCAUCGGCGUCGACGUGUUCUUUGUCAUUUCCGGCUACUUGAUCUCGAGCAUCCUCUUCAAAGAGUGCACCAAGGGCACGUUCACGUACGGGAGCUUCUACAGCCGCCGCAUCCGCCGCAUCUACCCCACACUUCUGCUCGUGUUGUCUCUAACGUUCUGGCUGGGCUGCCUCUACCUGCUCUCGGCUAAACUUCAGGCGCUGGCCACGACCAUGCUAGCGGGCACCAUGUUCAGCGCCAACCUCCAGGUCAUGCUUCUAGACCGCGGGUAUUUUGACGACGACAUCAAGGAGAAUCCGCUGUUGCACCUGUGGUCGCUGGGCGUGGAGGAGCAGUUCUACAUCUUCUGGCCGUGCUUCGUGUCCAUUCUGACGCGGCUGUCGGUGCGAUCGGCCGUGGUGAUGCAGGUGGCGGUGCUGGCGUUGAGUUUCACUUGCAACAUCUCCUUUCUGGGCUUUCACGGCACCAACAAGUAUUCGUUCUACUUUCCCCUGAGUCGGUUCUGGCAGAUGGGCAUGGGGGGCCUACUGGCGUAUGUGAACCACAUUCGCCUCACCCAAACCCAGUACGAGUCUGUGUCCACCAGCUCCAAAUCAGUGAGCAAAGCCACCAGCGACCACCAAGCCACUGCCUUGUCUUGGGUUGGGCUCGGCUGCAUCGUGCUGGGUUUUGCCUGUCUGGACGAAUCCUCUGCCUUCCCCGGCUACUGGGCUGUUCUGCCCACACUGGGCGCCUCCCUCUUGAUCUUUGCAGGUCCUACUGCCUGGUUUAACCAAUCGGUGCUCAGUCUGCCGUCCAUGGUGUUUGUGGGCAAGCUCAGUUACGCUCUGUACCUGUGGCACUGGCCACUCUUAGUCAUUGCAAAGUUGCGGUUUCCUAACCCGGACUUCCGGCCCAACUACAUGACACCCAUGGCAAUGCUCGGGCUGGCGUUUGUCUUGAGUCUGAGCUCCUUGUACCACGUUGAAAACAGCUUGAGAAGACACAAGGGUCGGUGGGUUGUGCCAGCUCUAAUGGGCUGCAUGCUGGGCAUGUCCAUAUUGGCAGGGAUCAUCCUCGCAAGUCCAGACUCGUUCUCGUACUCACAGCAAGCCAUGAAUGCGCGCGCGGCGUUGUCUGCGACAGUGUUGACGCCUAGUGUCACAGUCGGCCUGGUGCCAGACAUCCCCAACGUCAGCCGCGAGAAUGCCACGAAAGUGCCAACGCAUGCUUCGAUCAUCGCGGCGGAGCUCGACAUUCUGCCAGACAUUGGGCUUCCUAUUCCCAAGAAUCAUGUGGUCGAGUACAGUGCCGAAGGUCGUCUGAUCAACCCCGGCCAAGAAGACCGGGCGCUCGUGAUCGCUCUGGGAGAUGCGCACUUGGACAUGGUCAAGCCGCGGUUCCAGCAGCUGGCGUUGCACACCAACCCCAUCGAUUUUCCCACCAUCGCGUUCAAGUCGUCCAUCUACCCGCCGCUGGCCAAGUGCAUUUGGUGGACAGACUACCAGCACCAGAUGAUCAAGAAAGUCCGGCCAAAUGUCGUGUUCAUGAGCAUCAACUGGCUCGCGCAUCUGCAUCCGGGGGGGGCGGCGUGGCAGCCAGCGCACAAGAGCCCGCCGUGCUGUCUGCAGGGCUACGGCGACUCGUGCAAGGGCCAGAACCCGAAAGACGUCGAGGCCAUCUUGACGCGGUUCCAGAGCGACCUCACCGACAUGGUGAGUCUCGGGGCUAAGGUGUUUGUGACGACUGUCGCCCCUGAAGGCAACGAGUUCGACCCCAAGUUUAUCUUGGACAGCCCCGUGCGCAGCGUGAAGCGCUCCGUAUUUCGAACCAACCACAAGUGGCUGAUUGACCUCGUGGAAGGCGCGAUCACUGGAGCCAACGCCACCGUCAUCGACUUCUCCGAGAAUUUGUGCUGGGAGGACACGUGCAGAGUGGUAGACCCGAGCGGCGUGCCCGUCCGGCGCAACUCGAACGUGUUCACACCCAAGUUUGCUGCAAAGUACCUGACUGUGCUUGACCAAGUGGUGGCCGCCGCCAUGGUGGCCCCCGACGAUGUCAUCGCGCCCCCCGACGCCCCCAACUCAAACCGGUUCAGUCGGAUUGCUAACCCUUCGUACGACAAGAUCAUGGCCGCCCCUGGGGACUUUAACGUGGACGUGGGCUUUGAACCCGCGCCCGCCGACGCCCCCUUCGGCACCACCCACGCGACCAUGAUGAUGAACCCUGGCCAACCAAACCUCGUGUUUGUCUACGGCGACUCGCACGCGAACCAGGCCAAGCCGCGGUUUCUGCGGUCGUUCGAAGACAGGCACGGCGCCCGCAACCGGUCCAACUUCCCCACGGUCGUGUUCAAAUCAUUAGACGGAACGCCCGCCUUGACCUGCCAAGAGCACUACGAUAGCGUCAUGGCAGUGGUGGAGCGAGUUCGUCCAAAAGUGUUUCUGCACUCGAUGAACUGGCCACAGUUCCUCCGCCCUGGGGGAUUGGACUCGGACGGGAGCGUUGCGGGUACACCAAAGUGCUGCGUGGCGGGAUACCAAGACAAGUGCACGUACCAGCGCCCCAAGGAUGUGGUGACCAUCAUGAACAAGUUCCAGCAAGACAUGACCAAGUUGACAGGGCUGGGCAUCAAGGUGUUUGUAGCCACCAUCAACGUGGAAGGUGAACAGUUCAACCCGUAUCACAUGCUCAGCGGCAACGACGUCGGCGACGUGAGUCCCGUGUCCAAGGCCGCAUUUCGACUAAAACACAAGUGGCUACUGGGGCUGAUCGAGAAGGCCACCGCGGCUGCCAACGCCACUUUGAUAGACUACUCCGACAACUACUGCUGGAACGACUCGUGUGGGGUGGUGGACGACCUCGGACGACCCGUCAUGAAGGACACCAACCACUUGACGCGGACGUACACGCACAAGUACCUCGGCGUCAUCGACCAAGUCGUCGAUGCCGCCAUGAAGAUAGAACCAGUCAUGUAGGGUUAGAGUUGUCUGGGGGCAGCCGAAACACGUAAUAUUAAGAAUAAAAUAUGGACGAACGAACGAAAUGAC